ACCGUCCUCAAUCGUGGAGCAUCAGACACACAGACCUGUAGGAGGAGACAAGAGGACGUUUUUCUGCCUGCAUGAUCUGGAAUAUCGAUGCGUUUACUAUAGUCCACCUGAAACGAACUGUGUAGAGCUCUGAAAACAAUCAACAUGGUCAGGUACCACGUCCACCAAGGUAGCGUACAGCUUCAACGUUCAACGGCUGCCUAUCUCAUGGGACACCCGCAUUUCACCCAAACGGUCUUACUAUUUCUUUUCCCUCCCUGUCCACGUUACGUCUCGCUUCCCUCGUUCCAUAUGGUCCUGCCAGAAUGUUCCCCGACCCGUUGUCGGCAAGAUAGCAACGUUCGUCCGUGAUAGCGCCGUUGAGUCUGAUGAGGAUAAAAUGCCCUGUCCGAGUCUUUGCCUGCUGUCUUCGACUCCUGGUGCAUUAUUUUGCGAUGGGGAGUAUGGCUACUCUUGCAAGUCUCGUUGUUGUGCUUGUGGCUUCCGCGAACGUGUUCGGCGCAUCUCAAAGCAUAUUCACGGUGCCAAAGACUUUUCCAAAGUUGCAAGGCUGUCUCACGGAACCUUUAACAUAUUCGUGCGAGAACACGACGACUAUCAAGGACACUUGUUGUUCGCCUACACCCGGGGGCCUUGUCUUGCAAACCCAGUUCUGGUCAACCUACACUGGUCUCGAAAGGAAGGGUCAACUGCUACCCAAGGGAAGCUGGACUAUUCACGGAUUGUGGCCAGACAAUUGCGACGGAAGCUUUGAACAAUACUGCGACUUGUCAAGGCAGUUUGACCCUGCACCAUCCCCUGCAAUACUUCCAGAUGGUACUGUAGUCCCGGCGCACAAGGGACCCGGUGUUGAUACUUUCGUUGCCGAAUUCAAACGCCUCGACUUGCUUGACUACAUGAGCAAAUACUGGAUCAACCAAGGCGCGCCGAACGCAGACUUCUGGGGUCACGAAUUCUCUAAGCACGCGACUUGCACGUCCACCUUCGAUGUUGCUUGUUAUGGACCAGAUUACAAGAAGCACCAGGACGUAGUUGACUUCUUUGAUGCCGUCAUUCGGGCCUUCAAGAUGUACCCAACGUUUGAUCUGCUCGCCUCUGCUGGCAUUAUUCCGUCUAACCGGACCACUUACACCUUGACUCAACUGCAGACUGCUCUCAAGGCUCAAACUGGUUCGAUCCCCUUCUUGGGAUGUGGGUUCAAUGGGACCGUACUUCAAGAAGUUUGGUACUUCCAUCAUGUCCUUGGUUCUGUAAGUCCUUCGACCCAUAUGUCUCUGGCAACCUGCUUUAACGCAUGUUGCAAUCGUAGGAACAAUUUGGCCAUUUCAAGCCUGUGGACUCAACCACGAAUUCGACGAGCUCUCCUACUGCUGGUAUCCACUAUUACGAGCGCACACAUUCGUCGGAACGUGAAGUCCGUCUUCUGCCCUGAUGUAGACCGAAAUGCCAUGUAGAAAACACGUGUAUUGAUUGCCAUAACGAACGUAGUAUAUUGCACGAGAAGAACAUUGAAGGUGUACAGUGUAAGGCGGACUAUGAGAUG